AUGCUGGCUACCGGUUCCUGCGGUCCUUUGUUUUGCCUCGCUUCUUCGACAUUCCUGAUCCCGCCACCGAAGAUGUUCGACAGCUACAGUAUCUCACAAACGACAACAAUGCUUGCCGGCCAGCAGCAAGAAAUCAAUCGAGCGCUGCUUUCGGUAACUCAUCGUGACGCUGAUGUCAGUCGAGUUGAGGAGGGUAUAUCAACGAUAAAGAGCUUAUUACUGAGUCACAACAAUUUUGCUCCCAUCAUUGCUCCCACAGCCAAGACAGCACAGCUCCCAAGUUGGCAACGGCAGCAGGCAAGAGCUGAGUCGUCGUCUCCUGCUUCAGCUGUGAACUCCGGCUAUACAACACCCCCGGCGAACUACAAAAACGGUACUGAUGAUCUUGGAAGUGAUGAAGCCUUGAGCUCGGACAGUGUUUGA